GCCUUUAAUACAAGUGCCGAUGGGACAACGCAGCAGCUCCACUACAGAACUGCUUCUCUCUUGAACUUGAUCUGCAAACAUGAAGACUCUUCAGGAAAAAAUCAUCGUUCUAUCAGUUUUUCUGACUCUGACCUGUGUCAUUCAGGUCGAUUCCCUGCCAGUUCCUGCAGAAUGGAGUGGUUUGAUCCAGCGGACCAAACGGUCACUCCUGUGGCGCUGGAACAGCAUGAAGCCUGUGGGGGCCAGCUGCAGGGAUCAGCUAGAGUGUGCCACAAGCUACUGCAGGAAAAAUGUGUGCUCCUUCUGGAACUCCACCUGAACAGGAUACACAAACAAAAUGCCAUCAGGAUGACAAGACAUUAAUCUACAGUACCUUAUGGACCAUGUCUCAAAUUGAACCCUGUAUAAAGAUAUUCUGGCUUGAAUUCAAGACCUGUCAGCACUUAAAUGGACUGAAUUGUGCAUUCACUUAAAGUAAUCUGUUCUUGCACUGCAGCAAAACAAAUCUGUAAAUGCUGCAUUUAGAUGAACAAACAAAUUCAUUUUUAUAAUUUGAAUUUAAAACACUUGCAGGACACCAGACAGGCUGUAUUUAGUGUUUUAAUAUGAAAAUAUAAAUAUUCAUGCAAAGUUUGUGAGAUGCUCUGAGUUUAUUGGUUCAUGUUAUUAUCAUAUAUUUAUUUGUACAUAUUGUAAACAAUGUAGAUAUUCAAAUAUACUUUGUGUUGCCCACAUUUUUUUUGUCAACAAGCUCAGAAAAAAUUAAAAUAUUCCUCACACUUCCUUCUACUCUGUUAAUGCAAUAGAAGAAGAUGAAAACUUUGAUGUUGGUUGGUAAAAAAAAAAAGAAAAUGACCGGGAUUUUAUUGAAAUAAAAAAUAUUCUUGUAUUUUUUCAUCCAAGACCAUGUGCCACAAGGUGGUGAUGCUUGGAUUCAGUUCCAAUUUGCAGUAAUAGUGCCCUGAUAUCUAUCUACUCCUCAAAGCAACAUUAAUAUCAAAAGUUGUCAUUGGUGGAAAUUUCAAACAGACAUCUAUUUGAAAGAAAGUUACUUAGUUUUACUUAAGGUAAUAUAUGAUGUUAUUUUUGUACAGUUCAGCCCAUCACAUUGACGAGAAACUCUUCGGAAAAAACAUAAAGGUGCAAUAAAGCAAAAUAUAGAAAGGGAAGAGUAAAUGUAUUUUGUAUGUAAACUAAUUAUUUGUAUUGCUUUUAUACUUUUGGAGAUAAAUCAAAAAUACAAAGUUAAUUUCAGAUCCAUACUCUAAUUCUACAACUUAUCAG